AGAGCCUAGAGGGUAUGGCAGAAGCUGAGACUGAGGAAUGGGUGAAGACCCAAGGAUGUCGGAAGAUUCUCGAGACUCUCGAGGGGGCUAUUGAGCAAUUCCAAGACAAUCCCAGACCUGCUAUUUCAGAUAAUUUAAAGGUUGGCUUUUUCACUUCAGACCAUGCUACACAGACAGAUAGUGAGAUUUUGCCAUUGAAAACUUUGAUUCAAUCAACAGAAAAGUUAAUGCAGAUGAUUACAUCACUUCAGGUGGACUUUGGGUUCCUCAAAGAUUUGGUUCAACUGAAGUUUGAGGACCAACUUAAAGAGGAGUCUUGGAAAAUCAUCACUAUGCUCCAUGACAGGAUUUUAGAAAUGAAAAGAUGCUAUCAGGAGACUGAAGACACCAUAAGAAAAAGCUUUCAACAGCAGCUAAGUGAUGCCAUAGCUGUUAUCAAAGGAAUGUACAAGGAAUUCUUCGAAGUAGAAGAAGAAAAAGCUGCUCUGCAAGAUGCAGCAAACAUGAAAAUCAAGGUUUUGAUGAAAAAACUCAAAGAGAAAGACGAAAUUAUUAAGAACUUACGGGAUGAGCUAGAGCAAUAUGAAGAUGCUAGAUUUAGCAAAAUUGACUCCUUGGCCAGGGAGCCCAGCUCUCCAAGACCAACGUCAGAAAAAGAACUCCUAGAGUGUAAGAUGGAGAAUGAGAGGUUGCUGAAACUCAUCUCAGUGCUUGAAGAAGAAGCACAGAUAAGCAUGAAUGAAAAUGCAACAUUAGAGGAUGAAAUAGUGUGUCUCAAAGAGAUUUCAGAGCGGGAUCAGCGAACUAUUCGGAAGUUAAUGGACAGUAGAGACAGAUUAAGAUACGAGCUGGAUUAUGAAAGGGUGGCCCUUCAAGAUAUGAAAAUAAAGCAGGGAAGAGAUUCUUCCAUAUUCGUACGAUCUGCAGCACGUCAAGCCAAGGGUGUAUCUGAGAGUUCACACUAUCUAAGGCCAGGCUCUGCUUCCUUCAUUAUAUCAUCUAAGACGAAAAAGAAGACGGGAAAGAAAUACACCAGUGGUGCUCUUAUGCCUCCUGUUCCUGAUGACACUGAGAGGACAUCUACCGAUGCAGUUACUGCUCCUGCAGCUGCUCCUCCCGUUCCUGCCAUUGUUAGCACGACUCCCAUUUCUAUGAUUAUCGCUGACAUCCUUUCAAAGUCGGACAAGGAAAAGCAUGUUAAAUUUCAACUACCUCAAAUGAGGCCUGAAGAGUUAGUGCUGAAGUUUCAGAUGAUGAAGGAUGAGGAGAAGAGAGCUUUGGAGAGUCAAGUACAGGAACUAAAAAUUUUACUGGAGUAUGAGAAGAAGAAGACAGAGAGGCUUAAAAAGGAAACUGAUAACACCAACAAGAACUGGGAGAGGAAAUUCCUCAUUCUCAGGAACAGCUUUCACAUCCUAAAGGACGAGAUGUUCACCAGACACACCCUUUUCCGGCAAUUCGCAAUGAUUGCUGACACCUCCUUCAAUUAUGUUAAAGUUAAGCCCUUGUACGUGCAUGCCACCAUGAACAUGUCGGAGCCAUCCUCUCCUACAAAUGCUUUUCAGUCCCCCAUGGUGCAGAUGGAUCCCAAGUUUGCGGAGAUACCCAGUGACCAGGUGACCUUUACACACCUGCCAAACGUCACCUUUGCGUCUAGGUACAACAACCUUUCACUGGAAGGAAAAGGCCUUAACACCAAUGAGAACAAUCCUCAGUGAGAAGGAGGCUGCAUCUUGGAGCAGAAGUAAGCAUCUAAGGACCACCACCUUAUUCCUUCAAGGGAUAAUGAUUUCUUUGGACCACGCUGAAGUACCAGAACUGAGGCAACACCUUUAUUAAGGCCACUUUAUCAUGUAUACUUCUGUCCCCAUUUAAACAUAAAGCCCAUGUCUUUAUCCUGACUAUAAACUUGGUGUCAAUGAACCUCUUUGCCUGUUCUUCCCAGUGUGGUCACAUUAAAUAAACCCCUUUCCCAUGAUUUUCCCAAUUACUUGUCUCUUUAAU